AUGCAAAAUCUAUUAUAGCAAGCUCAAAAAGGUUUCGCCUAUCAUCAGAAUGUUAUAGACCACUAUAAGAAUCCAAGAAAUGUUGGUUCUCUUGACAAGAAUGACUAGGAUGUUGGAACCGGUUUAGUCGGUGCACCAGCAUGUGGUGACGUGAUGAAGCUAUAGAUUAAGGUUUCCGAUGACGGCACAAUUGAGAAAGCUGUAUUUAAGACAUUCGGUUGUGGAUCAGCAAUUGCCAGUUCUUCCUAUGUCACAGAAAUUAUUGAGGGCAAAAAGAUCGAAGAUGCAAUGAACAUCAGAAACACUGAUAUUGCUCAACAUCUUAAGCUCCCACCAGUCAAGCUACAUUGUUCAAUGCUAGCAGAAGACGCCAUCAAGGCUGCGGUAAAUGACUAUAAAAAGAAGAAGGAGUCUAAAGUUGCAGCAGAGGCAAACCCCACAUUAUGA